CCAGUGUCACUUUGCUUGUUCUUUGCGUUCGUUGUCUUCUCGUUUGUCAAAAUCCAAAAGAAAUUCCCACAAAAGUCCACCAUUUGUAUAGCGUUCACCUUUCAUGUUGAAAGCGCAGCACCCCUUUUUUAUAUUUUCAUUCAAAUUUAACACAAAAAUUCAUUUCUACUAUAGACAUAUUCUGCCAAACUAUUUUACAAAUAAAUAGAAAUUACAAUUAACGAGAAAACAUUUUCCUCAAUAAAUCCGUGUAUAUAGUUAAAUUAAAUUGUGAGUGUUUUUUUUUUGCCGCCGAUCCUUCAUCUUUGAUUUCAAACCAAGACAAAAAAAAUUAUUCUCAGUUUAUAGUGCGUGCAGUUUUUUUUUGGAAGAAGAAUUAAAUAAAAAGAAAUAAACCAACAAAACGAUGUAAGAACCAACAAAAUAGUUAUUAAAAAAAUUCUUUAAAAAAACACUAUUUUACAGUUUCAAUUAUAUUUUCCUCGUGUGCCUUAAAAAAUUGGUGUUCUUUCGAAGUGGAUUGUGUUGAAAGGUGAAAAUAUUAAAAAAAAUUUUCUGUGAAAUAUCGAAUUACCAUUCCCCUUACCGACCGAGGAGAGAAAAGAGGUGCUCCUUUCGACCACAACACAACACAAAAAAAAAACCAACAACACAAAAAAGUGCAUUAAUUUUCACCAAAGUCCGAAAAAAUAUAGAAAAAUUUAUUAUUUCCCAAAUAAAAAUAUUAAAUAAAUAAAUAAAAAAAAAAAAGAAUUGAGUGAAAAGUGUAUUUUUCCAUUCUUUUUUUUUCCAUUUUUUGUUUCCGUUGUUUUAUUUCAAUUUCUUGUUCUUCUUCGUCUCUUUUUUUUUUUGCUGAAUUUAUGUUGUGCAAGUGAAUUUAUUUAUUUUUUGUUUUUCAUCAAUUUUGUUUUCUUUUUUUUUUUUUUGAAUAAUUCACACAAUAAAGUUGAGAAGUGCUAAAAAGUAACAAAGUUAAAAAAAAGUGGAAGCCCACGAAACAACAACGAAGCACGCAUCGCAGCAGCAAGUUCCACCAUCGUCGUCGUCUUUGGUCUUCGUCAUCAUCAUCAUCUUGGUUUUUUUGGUCUUCUCAUAAUUCAAAAGGUAAUACUGAUCAUGUAUUAAAGUUUAUUUGGAGUAAAUUUUCUAUUGAAAAGCUCAUGUUAACCAAUUAAUCCCAUGCCAAGAAUCAAAGCACUACUCCACAGCUAUGAAAAUUCACCGGCACAAAUAUGCAAAAUCGAAAUGGAUCAGAAUAUGAAAACGUUACUAUUCGAAGAAAUCCUUUUAAAUAAAGGAAACAAUUUAUUGAUAAAAUUAACAUCAACUCUUUAACAAACUUAAAGUAAAACAAAAAAAAUUCUUCAACCAAAUAUAAAACAACAACAACAAAAACACAAUGACGGCUGAAUAUUCAACACAUCCUGCAUUAGCUUCAAGCAUUAUCCAAAAUAGUCCAACAAAUGGCAGUCAUAGUCAAAGUGGCACCACUAAUAAUAAUAAUAAUAUUAAUAAUUUAAAUAGUAGCAGUAAUAGUAAUAGUAGUAGCUGUAAUAGUAGUAAAAAACAUUCAAAAACCUCACAUUCUAGUGGUAUUGGUGGUGGUGGUGGUAAUUCUUCGUCGUCAUCAUCACCAUCGAAUUCACCAUCAAAGUCGAAAUCGAAACUAAACUCAACAUCAUCAUCGUCGCAUCAUUCACCAGCAGCAUUAUUAUCAACAACAUUUACAUCACAUUCAUCAACAUUAGCCGCACCAUCAUUGCCUGAUCGAACUGCUGCUGCUGUAACGACGAAUCUAUUUAGUAGCAGCAGUGCAACGACAACACCUUCUAGUUCACCCGUGCAUCAUCUUCAUCAUAAUUGUUCGUGUUCUGCAAAUGGUGGCAACGCGACAUCAACAACGACAAGCGGGAACAGUAUAUCCAGCAGUAAUGUUGGAACUUCAAAUCAUCAUGGAACAACAACUUCAGCAACAACAACAAGACUACCGCAGUGCUGUCAGAUGACAGCGGCGGGUGCAGCCGCGGCAGCAGCAGCGGCGGCGGUGGCUGCGUCUGCUGCUGCUGCGGGCAAUGUAACCGGAUGUAAGAAGUUAACGAAAUAUGAUCCUCGACUGGGACCAUCGCCGUAUCGUCAGCUUUUACCGAUAGCGUUGUGCAUAUUGUCUUUCGCGACGGUAUUUAGUAUAUUAAUUGUCUAUAUGGAUACGACAGAAAUCCGACAUCAACAAUUCCGCUUAAACAUGUCCAGAGAUUAUGAGCUCUUCGGUGUGGCACAAGAUGAUCCAACACUCAUAGCAUUCCUACGUGAGAUUCACAUGAAAAAGUAUCCAAUGCAUUUCCUUAAAAACGCACCAGCGGAGCAUUUGAACUUCACCAACCAGCACGAACUGACGCCCGAGAUGGCACAUUAUGUGGCCGAUCUUGUUGGCGGCAAGCUAAACGGUGCAGCUAUACAAUCGCUAACCGGUCAAGCGGGCAAUCUUAUGACAGCCCCAUGGUUAGCGGAGACCCUCAAUUGGGCGGGGGUGAUUGUUGAACCAGAACCGCGAAGGUAUUUCACGCUGCGGAAGCAGAAUGUUCAUCGAGCGAAAAUGCAGGUGGUUCAUGCGUGUGUAUCACCGAAUCAGCAUCCAAAGGAGGUAACUCUUCAUGAUGAUGAAAAUUCGGAGGUUCGAAUAAAUAGUCUGCUUGACGAGGAAACCUCUUGGUUUAAUUCCCGCGUCAAAUGUUUUCCACUCUAUACAAUUAUGUUGGCGUGUAAUCGUAUUGACUAUGAUCUCUUAAGUCUUGGUGUGCAUGGUCAUGAAUUGGAGGUUCUUCAAACAAUUCCUUUCAACAAAGUCUAUAUUGAUGUGAUAUCAAUUCACUUGCCGGAGAAUCAUGAGAACGUUCGCGGUUACGUUCAAUCAAUCACAAAGUUCCUAAUGGGAAAGUCAUAUAAGCUGCAAAAGAGUUUUGGUCAUAAUUAUUUCUACCAAAAGCUCAAUUCGAAUCGAACCCGCAAAAAAGACAUUCUACUAAAAAAGCCUUAAUUAUUGUCCACAUUGUUUGUGUCCAACUAAAAAAAACUAAUUUAUGUAACUCAGUUUUACUUGUCCUUAACUCUCUAUAUACGCUCUCUCUCCCUUUCAAAACAACAACAAAACAUCACACAAAAUAUAUACACUCAACAACAAC